AACAUGCUUUAACAAUUUGGGUUUAGUCUGAAACUUUUAAUUAUAUUUACAACCAGCAGUGCAUCUCCAGCUGUAUGGAUAAAUGUUUGUUCAUUAUGCUGAUACUUGUGGACCUUUAUUUGCAGAACUUUGUGCUGAGUUCUACUUUAAGGUAAGGGAAUUUGAUUCCUGUCAUGAGCCAUAGCUGAUGUGAGUCUAGUUAGAAAUGUGUAAUUAUGUUGGCAUUUUAUAGAUGAAGGUGUGUGAAAGUUUUUUAGUUUCAAUCCAUUUCCCUGUUAGUUCCAGUUAGAGUUGAGGAAAUGAUUAAUCCCUGAGAUGAUGAAUAUUAAAAGAUGAUGGGAAUAGAGAGGAAAAAAACAGGUUUUAGGAUUCAUCAGAACUUACGUGCUUAUCUGACAAUGUUAAAAACAAACACUAGAUUAAUCGUUACUUUGUGUUGUUCAUCUGAUGAUGAUGUGCAGAGGAUUAAUGAAAUUUCUUGUGUAAUAUGGUUGACUCAAAAGCAACUUUUAUGUAAGUUCACCAUAUUGCUAAAAAUGACCAGACAUUCCAUUCUUCCCAUUUUUGGUUGGUAGACAGUUGGUUUCCAAAGACAAUAUUUUUCUUCACAGUCUGUUCUCUUAGUUUAGUUUUCUUUUGCUUUUUCGAGAAAAGGCUGUACACAACAGCAUGGCUAUUAUGCAACAUGUGUUCACUCUUUUAUGAAUGGGGUAAUGUGGUGUAGUCAACCUAAAAAAGCCUGGCAUGGAAAUGUAAACAAAGAGCGGCAUUCCAAUAUAAAAACAUGCCAUAACAAAAACACAUUGUGCCUUUUGUCUUUUAUAGGCAGGGCUCCUCUGCAGGGAUGCAUAUGUCAAAAUAGCAACAGUACCAGAAAUGUUUGGUUUUUCAUCAGAAGGACCAGAACCUAUCCAGAAGAGCCGGGACUUGGCUUUUUGUUUCCAAAAUGCAGUGACAACUCACCUGCUCCUUGUCUUCAUCCCAAACACAUUUGAUGACUGUCAGUGCUAGGACGUGGAGUCCAUUGACAAGAAAUGCAGCCCCAAACCAUUACAGAAUCUCUUCUAAUGGAUUACUGCGAGUUUCUAACAGGAAUUUAAGACAACAAAGCAGCUGCCCGGUGACUCUAACUUUUCUCAUAAAGAACAAAACCUCGGUUCGUCACUCGUGGUCCUCUCACCCGAUAACAUUUCACCGACAUGUACCAGCUCACCACAUGAAAGAGAUAUGCAAGCUCACACUCACCAAAAACCUGAAACACAUACAUUCACAGAGGAGUGGAGCGCCCAUGUUGGACCACCAUGUACAAGAUGUUCUGAACCACCACCUCACAACCGUCAUAAAGACACACACGCAGACAGAUGUAGAGAAUAUCUACAGCAAAGUCGAUGUGGGGACAGUAACCCUGUGGGAUCGGACGAGGAAGCAAAGCAAAGGGUGUUCCCGUCCUCCAACCUCUGGUGGCUCCAUCCAGCAGAACAAUGUGCCAUGUCACAAAGGUAACAAUGGAGCAUCAGUGAAUACAACGUCAACAUGGACCAAACUCUCAGAGGGCUGUCUCCAGUAUCUUGUACUGCUAAAGGACAGAGAGAGUUUACCCCACUUCACUGCAGCUGUGAGUGUUCAUUCUCCUAUUCAUGUCAGUUGGUCUUCAGAGGUGUGAGGCACACGCUGUGACUUCCAGCAUGGCAACAACGGAUCUGUUGAUCUUAAGUGUGUGUACGUGUGUGUGUGUGUGGGUUGAGGGGUCAAUAGAACUGAUUUAGAGGUGCUGAUUUUGGAACAGUAUCGAGGAGGUGGCACAAAGACAACUGUGGCAACAGUGUCUCUGCAGCUGCAUGCGUAUGUGAGCAUCGGCAGGAACGCACUGGCUUCUCAUCUCACAGCCCCUCCCUCCCUUCUUCCCUCCCUCACUACCUCACCCUCUCUCAUGUCACCCUGUCCUCUCCAUUCAGCUCAUUUGCACUUUCUAAUAGACGUUUGGUGGCCCUUUCUCCUCAGCUAAGAAUCUCUCUUGUAUAUAUAUAUAUAUAUAUUAAUUCACAACUCCUUCCUCUCUCCGACAUCACGUUUCCAAAUGGGGUCGACCUUGACAGUGAGAGAUGUUCGCACUGCCAAAAGAUAUUUGAGACCCUUGAAAGGCAAACUAGGGAGGGCAACAGUCCAUUUUCCCACACAAGUACACACACACACAGACAUUCACUAUGGCCGAACUUGACCUACAACUGGCGUGUGUGUGUCUGUUUAUGUCACUCAAAGCCAGUUUCCGCACAUGCAGUAGUGUUUUAUACUUAUACUUAUUAAGCGUAUUGAUAUUGAAAGCUCAACGACACCGAGGAAAACCACCUAGGCACAACACUGGGCAGAAUGACAUGAGCUGAUGAUGAAGUGGCAGCAGGGAAAGACAUAUGUUAGCAGGGAAGGUGGCGAUGCAGAAUGCAAACAGUCGAGAACAAAGGAUGCUGGGAAAGAAAGAGUGGGAGACAUGAGUCUGUACAGCAUAUUUAUCCAGAUGAAGCAGUGUGAAAGUGGGAGAAUCAAAAUAGAGAUAAAACAGGAACUGUUGUCCUUGUGCUGUCCAGCAGGUGCAAUCGUUGGCACUGUAUGAAACAAGGUUUGUAAUGCAUUAGUAGUCAGUGGAAAAGAGCAGCGCUGCCCUCUACUGGCAUUUUUUGGCUGUGCAUCUGUCGAACGAUCAUUAGGAGACCCGUUUACGUGUGUAAAACUUGCUUCGUUUAUCAGUUGGGAAAUGCUUUG